AUGGCGCCUGCUGCCACUUGUUCGCGCUGCGGGGAAAAUGAUGAAAGCUUCUUGCAUUGUGUCCGCGACUGUAAACAUUCUGCAGCUAUCUGGCAUAAACUUGGUUUUGUUACCGCAGCCUUCUUCUCAGUGAGUAGCGUACAGGACUGGAUACGGAAUUUUUCUUCUGGCUCUCGCGCUAUUACCUUCCUCGCCGGUCUUUGGUGGUCUUGGAGGCACCGAAACUUGAUGUGUCUGAGCAACGAAACUUGGCCUUUAACGAGGAUCAGCUUUCGCAUAAAUGAUUCUAUCAACGCCAUUCGGUCGGCUUUCGUCAAGAGUAACGUCAUUCAGCCGGAUUCAGCUCGCAUGGUGAAAUGGAAUCAAGGAAACCAUCAAUGUCACAUUCUCAAUGUAGACGGCAGUUGUCUCGGAACUCCAAUUCGAGCUGGAUUCGGAGGUAUUUUUCGAAACAACGUUGGUGGUUACCUAUCUGGUUACUCCGGUUUUAUCUCGGAAUCGACAGACAUCCUGUUAGCUGAACUCACUGCUCUUCAUCAAGGCUUAAUCAUGGCAGCUGAAAUGGGAAUAGAAGAGUUAGCUUGCUACUCGGACUCGCUUCUUACCAUUAAUCUCAUCACAAGAACAACUUCAAAAUACCAUACUUACGCUGUCUUAAUACAAGACAUAAAGGACCUCCUAUCCGCACAUAAUUUCUCAGUCUAUCAUUGUUUCCGGGAAGGGAAUCAAUGCGCGGACUACUUGGCGAAAUUGGGAGCGUCAUCGAAUGAAGAAUGUUUAGUUCAUGCCUCCGCCUGUCAAGAGCUUCUUGUUUUGAUUCAAAUGGAUGCAAUAGGAACUCUGUUUCCUAGACUCUAG